AUAAUUCAGUUACAUGACUCAGGUUAGUUCAGAAAGCUGCCAGAGCUGCAGCUAUCUGCAGAUCUCUGCAGAUGGAGGUUGAGGACGGAGCCCAGCUCUGCUUUCCACAGUUCCCAAACACCUCCUGCAGGAAGCCCUUGUCUCCUUGGCCUGAAACAGUUACCAUUAUGCUGUACUCCAUCUCUCUGAUCACUGUAGCUCUCAACCUGCUCAUCAUCAUGUCUAUCUCCCACUUCAGGCAGCUCCACACACCCACCAACAUCCUCCUCCUCUCUCUGGCUGUCUCAGACCUUCUAGUGGGCCUCGUGCUGAUGCCUGUAGAAGUUCCCCGAAAAACAUCCUGCUGGUUUUUUGGUGACUUUGUGUGUGCUACCUAUAUUAUUCUUUCAGGCAUCAUUCCCUCUGCCUCAAUUGGUGACAUAGUGCUCAUAUCAGUUGACCGUUAUGUGGCUAUUUGUGACCCUCUGCAUUACACCACUAAAGUCACCGGGGGGAGAGUUAAACUCUGUGUUUGUCUGUGUUGGCUCUAUUCUGUCUCCUACAGCUUUCUCUAUUUAAAAGAUCUCCCGACUCAACCAGGGAGUUAUAAAUCCUGCUAUGGAGAAUGUGUGUUUGUCAUUACAAAUAACUCAGGGACUGACUUCCACAAGCGACAGCAGUCGCUUGUUUUGAACUUUAUUGUUCCAGUUAUUCUCAUCAUAGCUCUGUAUCUGAGAGUAUUUGCCGUGGCUGUGUCUCAGGCUCGUGCCAUGCGCUCUCACAUUACAGCUGUCACACUCCAGCUUUCAGUGACUCCAAAGGCAAAGAAAUCAGAGCUGAAAGCAGCCAGGAAUCUUGGUGUUCUUGUAGUUGUGUUCCUACUAUGUUUCUGCCCAUAUUACUUGGUCUCUCUUGUAGGUGACAACUUGGUCAAUGCUUCAUCUGCAUCCUAUGUUCUCUUUGUGUUCUAUUGUAACUCUUGUCUAAACCCUGUGAUCUAUGCCUUGUUUUACCCCUGGUUUAGAAAAGCAGUUAAACUCAUUGUUACUCUUCAGAUACUGCAGCCUGGCUCCUGUGAGACCAACAUGAUGUAGAGAGGCUGUAGAGAGACUGAGAUCAGACUUGGUCUAAGGAUAAAUGAAUGAAUAUGUUCCUGCUGUUCAGUGAGUCAAAUAUCAAAUAGAGAAAGUGAAGAUAUGUUUUCCUGUCUUCAAGUCUAAAUUGUGUAUGAACAACAAUUGAAAGGCCUGUGCUUCAGCUUCUGUUUGUUGUGUAUUUGUUUUGCUCUGAUGCUGCUGCAUUUAAAGAAAGAGUCAUAAGCACCAUAUACUGUUCCUAUAAAACACCCAUUAAAUUCACACAUGUAUGACACAUAUCUUUUUUUUCCUAGGGAACCUUUUUUUCUUUGUGAUAGGAAACAUUUCAACCCAACACAACAAAAGAGCUACUAAAGCUUUGUAGUCAUGUCACUAUGUUUGUUUAAAGCAUCAUCCAAGUAAUAUUUGUCCAUUUAG